CAGUCGCCGGCCACGUGACGAGAACAUGCACUACAAGACACACAUGCCGGCGCGAUUCUCCAUCGAUGACCAGAUGGCCGAGGCGCUAGCGUCACAGGAGCUCAUGGGCAACCGCCAGCGGAAGAACUUCCUAAAACUCUUUCGUAAAUACUCCAAGGUCAAAAAGACCUCCAUCGACUGGAAUUCAGUGAAGCCGCCGACGAGCGGCAUGCUGACGAGUAACACGUCGGUGGAAAGCUGUCCUAACGACAUGAAUCUGCGUCACGAGCUGCUGGACAAGCUGGUCAUUUUGAAGCUCAAUGGCGGCCUCGGUACGACGCUGGGCUGCGAAGGACCCAAGAGCGCGAUCGAAGUGCGCCAAGACCUGUCCUUUCUUGACCUUACUGUGCGUCAAGUGGAGUAUUUGAACAGCGUGUACGGUGUAGACGUGCCGCUCGUGCUCAUGAACUCGUUCAACACCCACGAGGAGACUGUGCGCAUUAUUCGCAAGUACCGUAUGCACAAUCUGAGUAUCCACACGUUCAACCAGAGCUGUUACCCGUUCAUCAUCAAGGAGACAAUGCUGCCACUGCCGAACACUAAGUACGAUCGCUCGACGCGUGAGAAAUGGUUCCCUCCUGGCCAUGGUGACGUCUACAAUGCGCUGUUUGAGUCGGGCUUACUGGAGAGUCUUAUUAACCAGGGCAAGGAGUACAUUUUCAUCUCGAACGUGGACAAUUUGGGUGCCACAGUGAAUCUGGACAUGCUCUACCAUAUGAUCAACGAAGACUCGGAGUUUGUUAUGGAAGUGACCGAGAAGACUCGUGCGGAUGUCCAGGGAGGCACAUUGGUGAGCUACAAGGACAAACCGCAUCUCCUAGAAGCCAGCCAAGUGCCUCCAGGACAUUUGGACGACUUCCGGGCCAUCAACAAGUUCGAGACGUUCAAUACAAACAACCUAUGGGUGAAUCUGCGCGCAAUCCAGAGACUGGUGGCGCAAGAUCUCAUCGACAUGGAGCCGCUCGUCACGUUCCGCACUGUAAGGAACCACAAGGUUGUGCAACUGGAGACUGCAGCAGGCGAGGCUAUCCACCUCUUCAAGAACUUUAUCGGACUUAAGGUGCCACGCUCGCGUUUCCUGCCUGUCAAGUCGUCGUCCGAUCUCUUCCUCGUGCAGUCGAACUUGUACCAGAUUAAACACGGUAGUCUCAUCAUGAACCCGGCACGAACGACGCCUACGAUCCCGAUCGUGAAGCUCGGACUAAAGUUUCAGAGCGCGAAAGAAUAUUUGGCACGCUUCGAACUCGGCAUCCCGAACAUCACGGAGCUAGAUCACCUCACAGUUGCCGGCGACGUCAAGUUUGGGUCCAACAUCACACUCAAGGGAACUGUCAUCCUUGUGGCGAAUGAAGGUGCUCAUAUUGACUUGCCCGAAGGAACGGUGCUAGAAAACAAGGUGGUGACGGGUAAUUUGCGCAUUUUGGAUCACUAA